ACAGCAGCGCCAUACAGCAAGCCGACAAGAGAUUUGACAAAUAAAAGAAUCUGAGAAGACAGAAGGCGGCAGCACUCUGCACACGGAGAAGAGGAGCACUCUGGUGCUGCUUUAAAAAAGCGCACACACACAUACAUACACACACACACACACACACAUGCACACACCUACAGACACACACACUCCCACACACACACACACACACAUACAUACAUACAUACACACACGCAUGCACACACACACACACACACACACACACACACCCAUGUGCACACACACACACACACACACACACGCAUGCACACACCCACAUGCAGCAUGUGCCUAUCAGCAUCAGCACACCAACUUGUGCCUCAACAGUAUAGAGCUGGUCUUCAGUACCCUCCGCUGAGAGAGCCUAGUCUGUUUAUUUUCCAGUUAAGAUACAGUAUUUAUCCCCCUGGGAAACUGUGCAACCCAGUCCCAGUGGUGACAAUCCAUUGUGGUCUGAAACUCAGGACUGCCAAGGACAAUCUUGUCGCCCAGAGCCAAUCGGCCCUUUCUAAUGGGUCGCAGGAAAGUGCUGUCCCUCGCCAAAUCCCAAAGGAGUUAAACCAGGACGGUGCUUCCAUGAGGGACACUGACUUGGUGACGCCACACGGAUCAGCCGAGCCAGAACUUUCAGACACCCGUCUCCUCUCCCCUCCUCCCUCCCUCCCUCAGCCCUCAUUAUCAGCAGCAGGAUCGUAUUUGAUAAAAAGGUUUUAACUGAAUGCUAAACGAGAUAGGAGACAGGGAGGGAGGAGACAGACAAUAGCGGCUCGGGCAUUCCGCGUACGCUCUGAAGGACCAUACGCCGAGGUCCCGUGCAUUAGCAGCUUCAGCACACAGUAACUCUGGGCUGCAAGUGGCCACUGGGGAUUUACAGAUGUUAUCCAAUCAGCUUUAAUUGCAUUGUACUUCAUUUACAAACCCAAGCAUUUUGCCUCCCACUUAGACUGCUACCUACUUAACAGACAGUGUUUGGUCAACUUGACUUGAUUUUGUAUUUACACAGGGGUGGGCAAAUCGUUCUGCAGCUGAACCUAAGUUUGGGACUUUAUUUAUCAACGAUUUCAGACUUGCUUCGCACAUUUCUGUGGCUGUAUGCCCGGCAAAUGGGGGAUACAUAAUAUUUGCUUGCAGUUCUGGAGCUCUAAUUAGAAAACAGGUAACACUGACAAUUACUCCUGACAUCCACCAUUAAUCACCAAAAGCAGGGCAGCCACUGGAGCGGAAAAGGUUUUCACAGCAUGGUGACUGGUUUCAUCAUAGUCAUUUCAAUAAAAAUGCAUUAUUUAUUUAUUUAUUUCAGAUUUUACCUUGCGCAAAAGCAUAGUUAUAUGUGCUUUAUGCAUUAUUCAUAUAUUUUAGAUCGAUGCACCAGCUAGAAGAUAAGAUGUUCUGUGCUUUACGGACAUACUGUAAGAGAGGAGGGAAGAGUGGAGCUUUAUAAAAUCAUAACUGCAGCAGAGGGAGAUACAAACUCCUGGUGGCUGUUUUAGCGAUUUCAUCUUGCCCCCUCUCUACAUCCUCUCAGUUCUCUCCACCCAGCAACACGGGGUGUGUGCAGGACACUUGGGGUGAUGGGAGCACCCUCUAAAUGACCAGCUCCUAUAUUAAACAGCCCUCCAUGUUAAUUUUUAUUAACAACAACAUUUCUACAAACACAACAGGCGUCACUGAUGCCAUGUUGUUCAGAUUGUCAAGAUUAAAGCAAAUAUAUGAUAUGUGUGAGAAAUGAUAGCAGCAGUAAUAUUGAUCUAAUCUCCUAUAGCUCCAGUGGUACUUGCUAGCUGUGGUCUGAAAUGUUUAAAUAAUGGAUGAGAAAGGCUCUGAUAUAAAUGCAACCUGCAUAAAGCUGUAGUAUUGUAAAGAACUGAUCUGCAGAUAGGCACAGUCCAGAAUGCCCUCCAGUCUACCCGAGACGUCUCCUCUGCUGAUAUAUCAAAGAUAAAUGAAACCAGGGCAGAGGAGGAGAGGCAGAGGGCCUGGCUCUCUAUAAGAGGACAGGACCAGAGAGCAGCCCACCACAGAAGCUUGACUACUGGGGAGCAAGGGGCCACUGCACUGCCUGGAACGUCCGACUGAACACCAUCCCUGACCGCUGUGCGCCUCCGUUCUCUCACCCUUCCUACGACCAGCUGGACUUUGCCCCACAGCGUGCGUUCUUCCUCUCCUCCUCCCUCCUUUCGGCUAUUUUGGGACCCACUUUUCCCUUGCAUCCACUCAGAACAACACGUGGAGAUGUCAGUCAUCCUCCAGAUCCUCCCACUGGCGUUGCUGUGCCUGGGUUUGUCCGUUCCUUCGGCAGAGGGACGCAUUUGGGCGUGGAUGCUCUCCAUCCCCUACAGCCCCCCUGAGGACGUACCCCCUGUCAACAGGGACCUGACAUCACCCACCGCUGUCCGGGGAUCGUCGGUGGUUUGCGACCAUGACCGUGCUUGUGGAAGAGGGCUCUCCUGUGACCGACACUUCGGGCUGUGCGUGCCCCUCAAACAGGCGGGGCAAUACUGCCGUCGGGACGCCCAGUGCGUGCGUGGCCUGAGCUGCAUGUUUGGAAAAUGCCACCGCAGUAUUCCAGAAGGACAAGAAGGAGCCAGGUGCAAGGUUGACCGGGACUGUGAGGGCUCAAUGUGCUGUGCUCGACACCACGGCGAGCAAGUGUGCAAAAGACGCCUGGUACGCGGGGAGAGCUGCUUCGUGCCCGAUGGCGGCCUGGCAUUCAGCAUCAACCAGAUCUGCCCUUGCGACGAGGGGCUCCUGUGCCGCAGCGGCCCCGAGACACCCCGCAGAGAGACGGAGUUUGUGUACCGUCAUGACGGGACAAGUUGGACGUGCCAAGCGUAGCAGCCCUGAUGAAGCCAUGAAGCUAAUUUAAUUUAUUCUGUAAAUAUUGUAAAAAUACUGUAUAAAAGCACAGAUGUUAUUUUGAUAAAAUGUGUAAUAUUUGUAAAUGACAAUACAUUAACAUGUAAAUUACUUCUUGUGUAAGCAUGCAACUGAAAACAAGGUUUU